AUGUCUGCGACCACCACAGCGAAAACCGUCAAGGCCAUUCGAUACUAUGGCAACAAGGACGUGCGUUACGAGGAUGUCCCUAUUGUCACCACGCUGAAGCCUGGUGAACUUCGUCUCAAACCAGCCUGGUGCGGCAUUUGCGGAACCGAUGUUCACGAGUAUAGCCAUGGUCCUUUCGUCUCUUACAGCAAGGAGUCCCCUCAUCCGCUGACCGGUCACCAUCGGCCUUUGAUCUUCGGCCACGAGUUCUCAGGCGUUGUUACCGAGGUGCACCCCUCGGUAACGUCGCACAAGAUCGGCGAUGCGGUUGCCGUUGAGGGCCUUCUGACCGACGAUACUUGCGAGCAGUGCAAAAACAAACGCCGGAAUGCGUGCGACCAGACGGCUUUUCUCGGGCUUUCCACUAGCCCUGGAGGUCUAUGCGAGGACAUUGUUAUCCCUGCUUUCAUCUGCCAUAUUUUGCCUGCUCACGUUGGUCUUGACGCUGGCGCUCUCGUUGAGCCUUUGUCGGUUGCCUGGCACGGCGUCACGCAGUCGGGAAUCCAGCCAGGGCAGUCUGCCAUUAUCUUUGGCGCUGGACCUAUCGGCUUGGCCUUGAUUCUUUGUCUACGAGCGCGAGGCGUAACCAAAAUUUUGGCUUCCGAGCCGUCCCUUGCUAGACACGCGCAAGCGUCAAAGAUUGGUGCAACUCACUGUUUCAAUCCCAACAUUGACGAUGUCGUUCAGGGUGCCAAGGACCUUUGUGAUGGUCUUGGGCCUCACUACGCAUUUGACGCUUCCGGAGUCCAGGCAACUCUCACGACAGGAUUGAAGGCCAUUCGUAAGUAUGGCGUAUUCUACAACAUCGCCGUUUGGGUGACGAAGCCCCAAAUCGAUAUCAACGAGCUGUUAUACAAUGGCAAGACACUCAAGGCAGAUCUUUCCUUUACGCCAGACGACUACCAUGGAGUUAUCCAGGCUUUGGCCGACAAUAGAAUCACCAAGAGGGAAGUGGAGAACUUCAUUACGUCACGCAUUGAUAUGAAGGAUUUGGAAGAGAAGGGAAUCAAAGAGUUAAUGAACCACAAGGAUCGUCACGUCAAGAUUCUUGUCCGCGUCGACCAGAGUCAGCCCAUGGUCUCUGAGGAACCACUGCCUCCUCCAUCAAAGAUAGCUCUGUAG